UGAGUUGACUGAUACAGAAGGGGUAAGCUUUGCAGGCAAUUUUAAUUUUAAAAGCAACCCAUUGUUGUCAACAUGUUGUUCACACCUUUGGAAUCAAAACACAUAUUUUGGGAGACCAAAAAGACUUAGCAUUGAGACGAUGGAGAAGCAUUCUUCGAGCUGGUUUAAUGUUGAAUCUGUGCCAGAGGGUUAUGUAUUCCCACCCGAAACCAGACCUGGAAAAUUAAUUGCUCCUCUAUGCAAGGCCAUUCCAGUCAUUGACCUUGGAAAAUCACUUGGUGAAGAUCAAUAUGAUAUAAUUCAGCAAAUUUUGGAAGCAAGUGAGAAUUUUGGAAUCUUCCAGGUGAUCAACCAUGGAGUAUCGGAAAAUUCAAUACUUGACAUGAUGAGAAAUUUCAAGGAGUUCUUUGGCAUGACAGUUGAGGAUAAGGAAAGCAUGGUCAAUAAAAGUGGCUUGAUCUACACGAGUAGUACCGGGUAUGCCAAAGAUGGUGUUCACUUGUGGAGGGAAAAUUUGAAACAGCCUUGUCACCCUUUGGAGAAAUGCAUACAAUUGAGCCCCAAAAAGCCUACAAUAUACCGGGAGGUUGUUUCGAAAUAUUUGGUUGAAGUAAAGGAGCUUAGUUUGAGGAUUUUGGAGCUAAUUUCCCGAGGAUUGGGACUGGAACCGGGUUUUUUCAAGGAGUCGAGCCAACUUCAGCUAAUGUUGGCUAAUUAUUACCCACCAUGCCCGGACCCCAGUUUAACCCUUGGAAUAUUGAGACAUUGUGAUCCUAGCAUCAUUACUAUUCUUCUCCAAGACGUGCCUGGGCUUCAAGUGGUCAAGGAUGGACAAUGGGUUGGUGUUGAUGCUCUUCCAAGCGCAUUCGUGGUUAACAUUGGCAAUCAGUUGGAGAUUAUCAGCAACGGGAAGCUCAAAAGUCCUGAACACCGAGCUGUGGCAAAUUCAACAGUUACGAGGACAACAAUCUCGACGUUCAUUAAUCCUCCUUCUGAUUGUGUUGUGGAACCCGCAAAGGCUUUGGUUAAUGGUUUAAAUGCACCACAAUACAGUACCUUCCUGUACAAAGAUUUUGUCAACAGUUAUGGAGCCUUUGGUUCUGAUACUGAAGCAAUACUCAAACAAAUUUGUGAGCCAUAGAGCACGAAGGCAAAAUUAUGUGGCACUCAGGAUGUUAAAUAUAUAUGGUUUGUGAAUGUUGUGUAAAAAUAUGGUUUGUGAAUGCUAAAUUAUGAGGUACUCAGGAUGUUAUGCUUAGGUGGUUUGAUCAACCCGAUUCGUCAAAUUCACUUUCAUCUGUGAUUUUUCUUCUUGUUGUUUUGUUUUUUGUUUUUGUUUUUGUUUUUGUUUUUGAAUGUUGUCUUGUAAAAGAUUUCUGUCAUGUAAUCACUAUCAUUUGUAUUUGAUAACGUAAAGAAAUACCACAGAGUGAGUUGAUUAGAGUGAAA